GGGGCCAUUAUACACCUAAACACUGAGAGUGGUGACAGGAAGAGAGUGGAGGCUCGUCCUGAGGUUGACCAGAAGCCCAAAGCCAACAGCUCCAUGCCACCGUCCUCCUAUGAAAGUCCUCUGCACACAGACAUGGGUGGGUUCAACGACACCACAGUCACAGAAUUCCUCCUCCUGGGGCUGUCUGCCCACGCAGAGCAGGAAGUGGUUCUCUGCGGGCUCUUCCUGGGCCUGUACCUGGUCACCCUCAGCGGGAACCUGCUCAUCAUCCUGGCCAUCAGCUGUGACCCUCGGCUCCAUACACCCAUGUACUUCUUCCUGGCCAACCUCUCCAGUGUCGACAUCUGCUUCUCAUCAGUCACAGUCCCCAAGAUGCUGGUCAGUCACGUAGUGGGGAGCAAGUCCAUCUCUUAUGUGCAGUGCAUGACCCAGACCUACUUCUUCCUUACUUUUGCCAACAUGGACGGGUUCCUCCUGAGUGUGAUGGCCUAUGACCGUUACGUGGCCAUCUGUCAGCCUCUCCACUACACCAUGAUCAUGAGGCCCAAACUCUGUGUCCUCCUGGUGGCCAUCUCUUGGGUCACAGUGAACCUGCAUGCUCUCCUGCACACUCUGCUCAUGGUUCGACUCAACUUUUGCUCCAGUAACACAGUCUACCACUUCUUCUGUGACCUGUAUGCUGUCCUGAAGCUCUCUUGUUCUGACACCUUUAUCAAUAACCUGAUGGCCUUCACUGAGGGUGGGUUGAUAUUUCUGACGCCAUUUACGUGCAUUGUGGUUUCAUAUGUGUGCACCUUCUCUAAGGUACUGAAGUUCUCCUCAGCCCAGGGGAUAAGGAAAGCCCUCUCCACCUGUGGGUCCCACCUCACCGUGGUCUCCCUCUUCUAUGAGGCAAUCCUGGGGGUCUACAUGCACCCUUCAUCCUCCUACUCAGUGCACGACAGGGUGGCCUCUGUCAUCUUCACAGUGGCGACACCACUGGUCAAUCCCUUCAUCUACAGCCUGAGGAAUUCUGACAUGAGAGCUGCCCUAAGGAAGCUACUUUUCAGGUCACAGGAUUAGGAACUUUUAGAGCUAGAAGGACUGUUGGACAUUAUGAAUUUCUUCAUUU